AACUUGAGUAGAGUGGAAGAGUGUAGCACCUGUACCUUUUGGAGAGAGGUUUGGAGAGCAGAGCCACUGUGGUUUCCAGGAUUUACUACUUAACAAAAGCAUGCAAAUGGAGGCUCCUCGCCCAGGAACAUAUUUGCCAGCUGGGUAUGGCCCUCGGUACCCUCCAGCAGCACUCCAAGGACCUCCAGAACAUACUGGACACCCUACAUUCCAGACUGACUACCAAGGUCCGCAGUCUGGUUACCCAGGGCCUCAGGCUGCCUACACAGUCUCAACAGCUGGCCAUGAAGGUUAUAAUGCAACACGGCUUCCUAUUCAAAAUAACCAGGCUAUCAUCCUUGUUAAUACCCAAUGGAUGCCAGCACCACCACCUCUUCGGAACUGCCCACCUGGGCUCGAAUACUUAAGUCAGAUAGAUCAGCUUCUGAUUCAUCAGCAAACUGAACUUCUGGAAGUCUUAACAGGCUUUGAAACAAAUAACAAAUUUGAAAUCAAGAACAGUCUCGGGCAGAUGGUUUACUUUGCUGUAGAAGAUACUGACUGCUGUACUCGAAACUGCUGUGAAGCAGCUAGACCUUUCACCUUGAGGAUCCUGGACAAUCUUGGCAGAGAAGUCAUGACUCUGGAGAGACCCCUGAGAUGCAGUAGCUGUUGCUUUCCCUGCUGCCUCCAGGAGAUAGAAAUCCAGGCUCCUCCUGGUGUGCCGGUAGGGUAUGUGACUCAGACCUGGCACCCAUGUCUGCCCAAGUUCACUCUUCAAAAUGAGAAGAAGGAGGAAGUUCUAAAAGUUGUUGGUCCAUGUGUUGCAUGCACCUGCUGUACAGACAUUGACUUUGAGAUCAUGUCUCUUGAUGAACAAUCUGGAAUUGGCAAGAUCUCCAAGCAGUGGUCUGGGUGUAUGAAAGAGACCUUCACAGAUGCAGAUAACUUUGGGAUCCAGUUCCCACUAGACCUUGAUGUGAAGAUGAAGGCUGUGGUACUCGGAGCGUGUUUCCUCAUAGAUUACAUGUUUUUUGAAGGCUGUGAGUAGGACCAAAAAUUAGCAGUGUUGUGGAGACUAAUGAAGAAGACAGAGAAGAUUUGAAAUCUACAAUGAGACCAUGUAAAUGGGAAACCAGUGGCUCUAUUUUUCUAUACUGAAAUUUCUCAGAAUUAAGCUAUAAUACAUGAGGCAUAAUGUGUGCAAUUUCGCUUUCCAAGUGAUAGUUUAGCUUCUACAUCUUGGAAUACACAUGGGCAUACAUCUUUAUACACAUCCAAUAUAUUCACUGAAUUCAAGGUAAAAAUGGAAAUGUAUAUUUAGAAAUGA